AUGGCACUCUUCAUCGUCCCGAAUCGCAUGUACAAGGACGUGCCACAGACAUUUUCACGGGUGAUCACAUUUGCACACGUGUCGUUGGCUCGGGUUAAGGCACCGUUGAGGCUGGAUUCAAGCUACCACCGGCGAUUGAUAAACAGCUUCGCGCACCCCAUAUUGGCCGCUACACCUUCUCGGCGCUACAUAGGCACCAAGGCUCUCUUCUCCGCCUCGCCUCCCCCAAAUGUUGCAAACAAGACAUGCGCUAAAGGAGACGCGAGACACGAGACAGGAGCCGGAGCCUCUCCAAGAGCUCUGGCUAGUAUCCGCCUUGACAGCGAACUUUCGGCAUCCGGCCUCGUCGACACGCCUGCAGCUGUCGCCGCUUUCGUGGACAUGCUCUAUGCCCUGCCGACGACGCCACCGUCGCUCUACAUCGACGUCGAAGGAGUAAAUCUAUCUAGAGUAGGCACCGUAUCGAUUAUUCAAGUGUUCGUGCUACCCAAGAGCCGGGCAUACCUCCUCGAUGUUCACACGCUUAAAGACAAGGCUUUCUCCACCCCCGGGACCCGUGGCCGCACAUUUCAAGAUCUUCUUGAGUCUGCUGCCAUCCCAAAGGUUAUCUUCGACGUGCGCAACGACUCGGAUGCCCUGUUUGGGCGCUUCCGCAUUAGGCUUGCCGGCAUACAGGAUCUGCAGCUGAUGGAGCUUGCAACACGCUCUUACGAUAAGGGACGCGUUAAAGGACUUGCCAAGUGCAUCGAAAAGGAUGCGCAGCUGAGUCCGGCUGAUAAGGCGGACUGGAAGGCGACGAAGGAGAAAGGCGUGCGACUUUUUCUGCCCGGCCAAGGUCGAAGACGGCAUGCUUUCAACGAGCGCCCCCUGUCGGAGGACGUCAGACGGUACUGCAUCCAGGACGUUCAGUUUCUCCCACAGCUCUGGGAAUACUAUAAUUCCCGGCUUACCCGGGCGUGGAGAAAGCGGGUUCGCCGAGCUUCGGGAGAGAGGGUGACGUUGUCGCAAGCCCGAUGUACGUGA